CGGUCACACGGUUAGUUUUAUGAAAAUCGAACGCGCAACAGGUGUCCAAUCGCAAACAACACGCUCAAAUAAAACGAAUCGUCGCGCGGAAAGCACUCGCAAAGCCAAAGAAAAUUCAAGUCGCAGUGCGGAAAACAGGGGAGAUACAAGACACAAAAUAAGAAAACAAACCGUGGACUCUAAAGCAACGGGCGAAAAUCAUAAACACCUGUUCUUCAGCAUUUUAUGCGCAUCGUUCUGCGCCUGCGUGUGUGUCUUACUUAGUUGUCAUGUUGUUCAUUUCUCUCGCGGGUGUUUUAAAGUUUUCGUUUUAAUUUCGAAUUAAUCAGUGGCUGGAAACAUUCGACAGAUUUUUUUGUUGCAAUUGCAGCAUAUUUUCCUCUCAAAAAGCCAAGAGCAAGGGAAAUAACAACAACCGCAGCAGCAUAAACAUAAACCAAAACCAAAAAAAAAAAACCGGUUAAAGCGGACAGAGCGAGAAAGGCGCCCCAAAAGAGCAAGCGGGACACACACAAGACGUGAAAAAUUCAAAGAAAAAGGGGAAAAAUAAAAAGCAAAAUAAAACUAUCCACGGAUUUUGGUUUUGUUUUAAAACGCAAUCAGAAGAGAAGUGUGUUUGUUCUUUGUUUACCUGUGUUAACACCGAGUUUUCCCUGUUAAUGCCUUAUCGGCCGAUCAAAUCGAAAGUGAACGACUAAUUGCCUUUUUAUUUCAAAAUUGCUGUUGCCGAAACUCUUCGCGUGGCCUUUUCUUAUCGCCAGUCUACUUAAAAGCAGCCUGAACUACCUGUUGCAACAAUCAUAUCCAGGCAGCGCCAUUCCGCUUACCACACCUCAAGAGCUCUUCAAGAUUGUUGUUGGGACUUUUUGAGAUUUUCUGUAAAAUGCUUUAAAUAAACGGAAACCGAUCGGUUACAUCAGCAACACGACCCAAAAUGGCAGCCAGCAACAACGGCAACACCACAACACCAGUGGAUCACAACUCGGAGGGAUGUGAUGAGGUUGACUUUAUAGUGGCCACUCACAAUAACAACAACGAUUACGAGGAUCUGGUCAGUGUGAGUCAGGCGGUGAUCAACACCAAAGCAGCAGCAACACCAGCAACACAAGCAACAACAACAGCAGCAACACCAAACAACGAACCAAACAGCAACACCCUGAAAAAGGCGAAGGAGCGUCGCACCCUCUUCCACUUUGGCAGCAGCAGCAAGAAGCUGAGUCAGAGCAAGUCACAGGAUAGCCAGGAUGCGGGCAGCAAGGACACUCCCCCGGUGCAGUCCACAUCCCCUGCUCCUCUGCCACCGGUUCCCAUUGGAACGCCGCCGCGUCAGCACAAGUUUGUGAAGAGCAACAGCCUGGCCAGACUGCUGGGCAACACCUACAAUGCCAAGAAGUUCGAGAAGCAGGAGCAGAAGCGAUUGGCGGGCGCCGAGGGCGGCAAGUUCAACACGUACAGCGGUAGGCGUGGUCGAGCGGGUCCUUACUUGGAGCGUUUCAAGCGAGUCUCGAAGGAAGACGGCGACAUAGCUGGCGAGGACGACUCGGUGAAGGUCACGAAUGUGAUAACGCUCACCACGGACUCGCGGGACUUGCUGUACGGCAGUCGGCAGGAGCAUGUGGGUCGCACUGGGGGUCAGGAGCAGCACGAUCAGCUCAGCUCGAAGGCCAUUCGCACGCUCACCCGCAGCCUGGGAAAACUCUGGAGGCGGACGCACAGCGUGGACAUCAGCACCCCCGAUCCGGAGUUCAAGGUGUCCUAUCUGGGAAACGUCCUCACCGGCUGGGCCAAGGCAGGUGAGGGUUGUGUGGAGAAGCAGCUGAACACUCUGUGGCGCAACUACACGCAGCACUCGAAACCGGACGUGAUCAUGCGGCUGAAGGUGUGCGCUUCCGGCCUGAAGGCCACCACCAGGCAGCACGGACUCACCGAGUACUGGGCCCACAGGAUCACCUACUGCUGCGCCCCGAAGAACUAUCCGCGGGUCUUCUGCUGGAUCUACCGGCACGAGGGCAGGAAGCUGAAGCACGAGCUGCGGUGCCAUGCGGUGCUCUGCAGCAAGGAGAAGAUCGCCCAGGACAUUUGCGACACCCUAAGAGAGAACCUGGAGAGCGCUUUGCGCGAAUUUAAACGUGAGAAAAUUCUGAAGCAGAACGCUCGCCUGAGUUUGGCCAACGCCGUCUACGACAAUCCGAGCUUGCCGCGCCGCAAGAUCAUGCUGAGUGUGGGCGGCAACAACUAUCGACCGCCGCUGGAGCGCUCCAAGUCGGCGCCCAAGCUGAUGGCCAUCGAGGAGGCCAUCGGCGAGGAGGAGGGCGACGAGAUCGAGGACACCAACGAGCCGGAGAUGAUGCCCUGCUGCCAGAAGGACUCCCUCUACCCGGCCAUGACCUUGGGCAGGCGUCGCUGUCGUCGCGGUCACUCCAUUAGGAGAACUGGAAAGAUCCAGGCCUUCUCGCCCUGCUGCAGCUCGCACAUGGCCAAGGAGCUGCCGCAGGAGGAGGCACAGAAGAUGACAGCCGUUGGCGGUCCCAUCAGCGACGGCUCCGAUUCGGAUGACUUCGAGAAGCUGCUCAAAUUCGACACGACCCUGAGCAACGAGCUGUUGCCGUACUUCGACAUGCAGCUGCACAAGAACAGCAGCCAGAGCAUGGUGAGCCUCAGCGACCUGAAGGAGGUGGAGGAGGAGGGCGAGCCGCUCAGCUUGCUGCCCACCAUCAACCCCGAUCCCAGUGCAGAUCCGGAGGCGGACUUCAGUGGCGAGGAGCACGAUGUGCCCGCCCAGCGACGCAGUGGCGUCUGCAGCGACGGCGAGGAGGACUUCCUGGACGAUGCGGACGAUCACUACUUCCGGCACGCCGCCAUGCUGACCAUGCUGCACCGCAGUUCGAUGCGGAAGAUGCGGGCGAGCAACGAGGCCAGCCUGAAGUAUCGCCACCAGGCGCAGUCAUCGAUCUCCUCGAAUGCGUCCAGCUCGACGACGGCCAGCACUUCGGCGGCGACGGGGGGCGGGGGAUCCGCCCAGCAGGGACUGGCCAGUCCGGACAGCGACGAGGGAUCCAUUUCGAGUGGCUGCGAGACGGCCAGCACAGUCACAAACGCCAAUCACGAGGAUUACAGUGGCAGCAAGAGGGACAGUGAUGCCGGGUCCCAGCUGGAGCAGUCGCAGCUGCAACUGCAGGACUUGGAGCUGGAGCAGGCGCAGGUGCUGGAGCAGAUGAUGAUCUACCAAAGACUGGAGCAGCAGCUGCGCAACAGCAGCGGCAGCGGCGAUGCCACCAACUACAGCAGCUCGAGCAGCAUCACGCUGAAGCGCAGCAAUUCCGGAAGCGAUGAGCUGGACACGCAGGCGAGGAGUGACCAUCCGGCCGAGGACUCCGACAGCGACGAAAGCGGCUAUGUAGAGUUCCAGGAGAAGGAGCGACCCAGCCACCAGCAGCCACUGAUCAGCGAGGCGACUUUAACGCUGGCCAAGAUCGCGCCGGUCAAGCCGCAGAUUCCACCGAAGCCGGCUCCACGUCGAUCGCUCAGCUUGAAUGCGACCACCGGUGGAUCGGUGGGCUCAUCCGCUCCGAAGACUCCUGGCACCGCAGUUUGAGUUUGAGUUUGAGGGAAAUGCUUUAAUCACAACGGAUAACCGAAAAACCGAAACACCGUCUACAAAUUGUUAUUUCUGCACACCCGUCAGCGAACACAGCAAACACACAAAGUGCAUGAAAUUGAAAGCCUAGUUUUAGUUAUAGCGAUUAGCCCUUAGCCAAUUAAGUCAUUUGUUGUUGGUUCAUCGAGAGGAAAACCUAACGAUAUUCCCCCAUUCCCCAUUGCCCAUCCAUCCCAUCAUCGAUUCUGUGCCCCCUAUUCCAAAAAGUAAUGAAUUUAUAUUGUACGCCCCUGUAAAUAAACUAGUUGCCCUAAGCACUGCAUGUACUAUAUAUACUUACACGAUUGUAAUUGAUGAACUGUAUCUUACGAACCAUUAUAAAUUAUUAUCUGAACAAUAAGUGCGGCACAGAGAAAAAAUGUGAACGAAAUUGGUCAGAUUUUCUUAUCCAAAUAAAGUUUUAAAUACUGAACAAAA